GGGCUCUUCCGUGCAACAGUUCGUCGCGUUCAGUCGAUCGGUACGGACUCCGUGUUAUACAACCUUAUUUGAACCUUAACCAUCAAGAUUUAAAGCUCAAAUUCCUUUAUUCUUUUCUUUUACUCGCGCGUUAAAUUUCUCGCGAAUGGAGCUAGUACCUACUUAUUUUUUCAACAGCUUAAACGAAGCUACGGGAACGAUAAAUGAAAUUACCGAGUUCGUAACUGAGUUUUGUAAUGUAAACCCUUGUUCGGACUUUUUUACUCUCGAUUAUUGGAAAAACCUAAUUUUUAAUAGCGAUUUGUUUAACUUGCAAUUAUGGAAACAAUUCUUUUACAACAUGGAGUUUGUCAAUACUGAUUUUUGGCGACAUUUCUUUCACGCUGUAGCUACAAAUUCUAAUUUAUUAUUUCUUCUCAUUUCUACGUGCGUGUAUCUUUUCAUUCACGAUAUUGUCGUUAUGUUUUGUACGCGAUUUCAAAGAGUAUUCCUGUAUUAGUUCGACGCCGUUAGCUGUUAUAUUCGCAAUGGACCGGCAAGGAGUGUUAAUUAUGGCGAUAAGCAUCGUAGGGGCCAUGGGCUUUAUCCCCCAUGGUUCUAUUGGGGAAAAGGAUCAUAUGCUAACGGAGGCUUUGCUUCGUGAAGUGGUGGAACGUAUGGGCAAGGAGUUCAACGAUGCCGCUUCCAGCUACCUGGAGUAUCCAGCCAGUGAGCGCCAUCUAGCGCUCAUGGCCCGCGCCAGUAAAGACCUGGAGAAUGAGCAGUUGGACUAUGAUUCGCUUAUCGAUGGGAACCCGAAUCCGAGCCUUCGUGAUCAGGAGUAUCUGCAGCACAGUUCGUUGUGGGGCCAUCAGUACGUGACCGGCGGCGCUGGUGAGGGUGAGCAGCGCCUUCAACCCUCAGGAGUGGUGGCCAACCGGCAGCGCGUGAAGACUGAUGCAGUCCUGCCGGCCUAUUGCAACCCGCCUAAUCCUUGCCCCGUUGGAUAUUCUGAAGACCAAGGCUGCAUCAGCGAGUUCGAGAACACCGCCGCAUUCAGUCGGGAGUACCAACUGGCGCAGCGAUGCAUGUGUGACGAAGAGCACAUGUUCAGCUGCCCUCCCGACUCCGGCGCAGACCUCGAUCUCCCCUUCCCGAAGCACCACAAGAGUGUCGCCGCGAAGAAGUAUAAGCCUGCUGAAGAAAAUCCUUAUCUGACGGGCGAACGUUUACCGAUCGCAGCUAAAAAAGGUUUUGAUGUCAAUGUGUACUAAGUCUCUAGUCUUAAAUAGAUGUAUACUAUAUUAGUUAGUAUUUACCUUUUGGGAAUGUGGGCGUAGUAUCACCUUUAGCCCACUCUUUUUGGCAUAAUUAUUGUCUUUAUAUUAAUAGUAAGUUCUGUUACAACCUCAUUUAGAACGGACGUAUGUCGUUGAAACAUCUUUACAGACACACAAAUGGAUAGACAUGACAUGAGAAAGGAAAUGGUAUUGGUAAAAAAAACGAUUGAUAUAUAAAAUUAUAUUUUUGUAAUCCAAAUAUAAACUGUCUCCUAAAUUUCUAUUUUCGCUUCUUUGAUUUCUUGGAGGUAAAAUCCUUCAAGCGGUAUUAAAAUGAAAUAAAUAAUUUGGAUAAAUUCUUGUGAUUCGUGAAAAUCGUCAUAAUAAGUAUAAACGUUGAAGCUGUGAAUUUCGUUAGUUGUACAUACGUCAUUUUACUCUUUACUAAGCUGUAUUAUAAUAUUAAUUUCAAGCUACAAUUAUAUUUUAUUUUUAUUACACGGUAAAUAAAAUAUAUCUUUUUUUAUAUUAUUUAGGCCUUGAUUCUUUAAUGACACCAAUACAAUUUCGAUUAAGUAGCAUUUCCUUUUUGUGCAAUUAUAUUUUUUUAAUUUAAUUAAGGGCCAAUUCGUGUAUAUAUAUAAUUAUUACAUAUGGAUUCCAAGAGCACUUAUUACUUUAGUAUCUUAAGUCAAAUUAGUAUAUUAUGUACAAAAAUGUACCACAUUUAUUAGCUCAUGUAAAAAGUGGUAUCUAUUUGGAACCAACAACCUACGUAAAUCGUCUUCGUGUCAGCUGAAAGACUUCCACUGCAUGACAAAAGUCUCCCCCAAGGAUUGUCACUUUGCUCGACCUUCAGAAACCCGCAUCCACUGCUUUCUACAGCAAGAAGUAGUUUGAAAUCAAAAGGUACCUGGUAACAUAAAAAUAGUGUUAUUGAAGUAUUGAAGUAAUACAAUUUAGAAUGCCACAUAAUAUACACUGGAAUUUGUGGUUUUGAUGUGGGACAAAAUUGCCUUUUAAAGACAAGAGCUAAUAAUGAGGUAUUUGAUGGAUUUUCUUUCCCAUACGGCGCCAACAUUAGGUUAAUUAAAAUAUAAUAAAUAAUAUCCAAACAUUGAAAUUAAUAUAAUUUAAAAAUUAUUGAUGUAAAAAGAAUAAACAUUUGUGCAUGUAUAUAUGAUUCUACCUUAGCAAUUUAAUUGCAUUAUUUAAAAAUACCUAAUGUAAUCAAUCUGGCGCGCAAUUCAUAAGUAGCUGCUGAUUUUUUUUUUUUAAUCAUAGAAAUGAAAUAAUUUAAUAUCUAUUUCCAGUGUAAGCUGUGAUGAGAUUUUGAAUUCUUCAUUUCAAAUUAUAAUGUAUCAGACAGUAUGAAAAUUUAAAAUUAUAUAAAAAGCAAAUAGGUAUAUAACUUAUUUUUCAUAUUGAGCGCGUCAGCUAGAGUUCAUAUACAUAGUUACAUACUAUCGAAAACCGUAGUUUAGACUUAAUAAUUAGAAUAUAAUAUUAUUUAAAAAAUUAAAUUCCCAUGAUCACAAAACAAUAAUCAAUAUUAUAUAUCUCAAAAAAUAUAGGGAAAAUUUCGUCAUAACGGUUAAAAAUAACUACUUAUAGAUAUAAUUCCAAUAAAUGUCUUCCUUAGUAUUUAUAUAUUGUGAAGAAAUUAUUUCAAAAAUAUAUAUGUAAUAUAUAUAUAUAUAAUCGUUAAUAUCCUUAGUCGUAUGGACACUCAUUAUAAUUAUUAUUUUUCAUAUAUUGAUUUGCAAUAGUUUUGUUGAAGUGUCCUACGUAGAAUGUCCUUACGGAUGUACAAGGAUUGCACUUAGAUAUAAACAUAAGCUUAAAAUAAACUACUUAAAGUUAUUAAAACUUAAGUUUAUUUAUAGAUUAGGAUUAAUUUGUAAAAAAAUCUUUCAUCGCAACCGGUUCACGAAAACAAAGUAUGCUGUAAAUACGUUAAUAGGUGCUCCCUAGUUAACCAACUUCAGAAAAAGAUGAAGAUUGUAUUAUAAACAAAUAUUAUUCAUUUAUUACUAAAAUACAACUAUCAAAAAGAUUAUCAAACCAAAUAUUUCAUAAA